CAGAUUACUUACCGAUAUACGUAAUAUUUUAUAUAUCAUGAAUAGACACGCAAAUGAAGUAAUGUUGUUCUAAAGAAAGUGCAUGGACUCAAGUACUCGCUGAAUCACGUUCAUAAUUCAUUAUGCUGAUGUUUAUUGAUUCCAUAUGGUUGAUUUUUAAUCAGAUAUUGGUAUUCAGUAGUCUGGUGUAUUUAUAUGACAUAAAAUGUCCAGACUUUUCAGAGAGAAACUUAAGAGCUAAAGGUUUCUGUAGCAAACAUACACCUGACCGAUAUGCUUGUUUGUAUGAUGUCAAUGCAUUUAUACGUGUUGAAUCCUGUGAUCGUAUCGCAGAUUAUUCUUCUCGAGGCGAAAAAUACGUGAUAUCUGGUGCGCGUACUACCAAGCCGUGUUCUGUGGAUACGUACCAACCUUUUGCACUGUGGGCUAACAUAAGCAGUCGUUGUUUAUAUCAUACAUCAAAAUGCAAUGACGAAGGUCAAAUUCUAUCUCUUAAUAUUUCAAAAGUAGCUGAUAGGUCAUGCCAAUGUGACCACAAAAACGGAUUUCAUUUUGUUGUCCAACCGAGAGAUCCCUGUAAUUGCCUCCCUGUCGAAGAAGAUUGCUCAUGUUACUAUGAUCCACACAAAGAUAUCCAUAUAUCAGUGCGUGUAUGUACCACAGGAGAAGCGCACUCGCCGUUCUUAUUAAAUAGAGAAAGUAAAGAUAAUUACACAGAACCAUCAAGUUUUCAUAACAAACUUGUUACAGUAAGAACGCAUUUAUUUUUUGCUGUAGUUUUAAGUCUGGCUGUUGGAGGGAUCGUUAUAUUCAUAGCUGGUAUCUCGGUUUUAUCGUCCAUAAAAACUCUUCGUUCUCUGACUGGUAACGUUAACAUAGUAGUAGCAAUCGACAUUGGUACAACAUCAUCGGUGUAUGCAUUCAGUAUUUCAUCUUCUACUGAUAUACAGUUAAAUAAAGCGUGGAAUACCGGAAACCGAGGAUUAUGUUCUCCUAAAACACCAACAUGUAUCUUAUUAAAAAGACAAACUUUAGAACCUAUCAACAUUGGAUAUGAUGCACCAAAAGAAUACAGUGAUCACGUUUACGACAAUGAAGCUGACAAUUAUCUAUUUGUAGAUAAGUUCAAAAUGAAACUGUAUGGAGCCGAGAAUAUCUCCGACACAAUGAUGAUAGAAGACAUAAAGGGACAUCCAGUUCCUGCCAUACAAGUUUUCUCAAACAUGAUCAGUAUGUUGAAGAAACGUAUAGAAUCCGAAAUUCCAAAUUUUAAUACAAAUUCCGUUAAUUACAACGUCCAGUGGGUAUUAACUAUUCCAGCUGCAUGGACUGAUAGAGCUGAAACAUUCAUGCGUACAUGCGCAGAAAGGGCAGGAAUCGUCAAUGACCAAAAUGACAACUUAAUGAUUGUAGUGGAAUCUGAAUCUGCAUCAGUUUAUAUUCAUCAUUUAUUAAGAGAUCACAAGCUAGACGCAACAAUUACAGAGUUUCCUAGAAAAUAUUUGGUAAUUGACUUGGGAGGAGGAACAGACGACAUAACUGCCCACAGAAUUUCAAAACAUGGCAAUUUGAAAGAAAUUUGUAAACCUUCUGGAAGUGGUCAUGGUGGGAAAGCAGUAGACAAACAAUUGUUGUCCUGUUUAGAGGAAUUAGUAGGGAAAAAAGUGAUACAAUCGUUGGAAAAGAAAGGCAAUUUUCUGGAAUUAUUGGAUGAAAUCGAAAGCAUAAACAAUUUAUUAUCUGCAUGUACAUCAAAGAAAGGACUACUUUCUUGCAAAUUUCCAUUAUAUUUACUGAAUGAACUUUGCAAAGAACAUUGCGGAAAGGAAUUUCAAGAAAUAUUAAAUACUUCGAAGAAGUAUAAUAAAAAGUUAGUUCUUGUAAAUGACAGAUUGAGGAUUGAUCAGGAAUUAAUUGUUACAUUUAUCUCAAAAGUAGCUUCUGAUAUAGUACAAGAUAUCAAAUUUGUUCUGAUAAAAGCUAAAACGGACGCAAUUAAAACAUUUAUUGUAGUUGGAGGAUUUUCAAAUUCUGAUGUCAUCAGAGACACAUUAAAACAGGCUUUUCCGACUGUGCAAAUAAUUUAUCCUCCAGGCGAUGUUGAUUUAGCAGUUGUAAAGGGAGCAGUUUUAUAUGGCCAAAAUCCUCAAUACAUCAAACCAUGUUCGAAAACAAAAAGCCUUAAAUAAGAAACGAUAUGAGAGAGAGAGAGAGAGAGAGAGAGAGAGAGAGAGAGAGAGAGAGAGUCUUUCAUGCAUACAUGUUGACUAAGUAUAUAUAUGUACGACUCGGAGGUGCGAUGGUCAUGUUGAAGUGCGAUGGUCUGCGCCGAAGUGCGAUGGUCCUGUUGCUGAUGUGCGAUGGUAUAUAAGAAGCGUGAUGGCUAGUUGAAAAUCUACAGAUGUCCAAUUAAUAUGAGAGUUUGAUUUUUAUUAGUUAGUAUAUAAAUACCAAACAUUCAAUAUUUUGUCCAGUUGCAGUAAAAACCAUCUUGCUCCUUGUUCUCAUUUACAGCAGCCGUUUACAUUUUUCGCGUAUUUUGUUAAGUUCUGACUUAUCAAGUAGUAUUUGCAUUCCAAACAACUACCACGUUUUUCAGUCAUUGCAAUUAGUAGUGAUUUUAAAAGAAAAAAAUAAUCUUUUAUCUAGCGUCUAUAGUGGUCAAUAUCUGGACGAUUGUAUGAGUUACUGCUUUUUUGCCUUAAACUAUUUACAAAGUACAAUAGAAAGUUACAGUUACGACUGGAUAUGCAGUUGACAUGUGAACAUGAAAACAUAUAUAAGCAUUGAACUUAUAGUUUAUGUAAUCCAUCGCACAUCAGCGUAACCACCAUCGCACAUCAGUAAACUACAACGUUACAGUAACGACUGGAAAUGCAAUGACCAUUUAUCAUGACUUUUUUUAAUUAAUAGGAGCCUGUUGUUCAGUGGUUGUCGUUUGUUGGUGUGGUUCAUAAGUGUUUCUCGGUUCUUGUUUUUUAUAUAGAUUAUACCGUUGGUUUUCCUGUUUGAAUUGUUUUACACUAGUCAUUUUGGGGCCCUUUAUAGCUUGCUGUUCUGUGUGAGCCAAGGUUCCGUGUUGAAGGCCUUACUUUGACCUAUAAUUGUAAACUUUUUAUACAUUGUGACUUGGAUGGAGAGUUGUCUCAUUGCCACUCAUACCACAUCUUCUUAUUUAUAUAUACUCUGGAUGUUUUACUUUAAAAAAAAAAACUUAAAAAGAACUUCGAACAAACAAAUUGACUUCUACAUUUUAUAAAUGUAAACAUGAAAACGUUGAACUUAUAGUUUAUGUAAUCCAUCGCACUUCAGCGUAACCAGAAUCGCACUUCGGCGUAGCUAUCAACAAGAUAGCGUCACAAUCCCACAAUCUCGCAGUUCAGCGUGAUCAAAAUCGCACUUCAGCGUCAAAUCAUCGCACAUCAGUGUUACCAUCACGGUUCGGAGUACCAUCGCGGUUCAGAGUCCUACAUAUAUAUUUAUAUAUUUAUUAAUAUCAUUGGUUUUGUUUUUUUGUAUUUCUUAAUCAUAUUAUUACUUGUAGAAUAAAUUGUAUACAUUCGAGUAAAUUAAUUUCCAUAAAAUACAA